GUUGUAUAUUUGAUGAUAUAUCAAAUUUCGCUUUUGAGUUUUGACCAGUGGUUCUGACUUCUGACAACAGGACGCAUUAGUCCAUUGUAAGAGGACUGGGAACUAUUCAAUAUCCCUCUUCAGUCUUCAAUAAUAUUAUAUCUUUAAUAUAAAUUUCAAUAUAAAUUUUCAAUAUGAACUUCAGUAUAAAUGAUUAGGUCAAUUUUCAAGAUAGCUUUGAUUCAGUUAGGUGUUGGUCCAAAUAAAGUUGAGAACUUGUCACAUGCUCAAAAUCUCAUCAGAACAGCUGCCCAAAAAGGAGCAUCAAUAAUAUCUUUGCCUGAAUGUUUCAACAGUCCAUAUGGUACACAAUAUUUUGCCAAAUAUGCAGAGAAAAUCCCGGGCGAGUCGACUGACAUAUUAUCAUCAUUAGCUAAAGAGCUUAAUGUAUUUAUUGUUGGUGGAUCCAUUCCCGAGAAAGAUGGAGAAAAAUAUUUUAACACAUCUACUGUAUUUUCACCUGCUGGAGAAAUGGUGGCAAAACAUAGAAAGGUGCACUUAUUUGAUAUUGACAUUCCUGGGAAAAUAACAUUUUGUGAAUCAGAAGUUUUACAUGCUGGGAAUAAUCUCACGACUUUUGACACUCCAUACUGCAAGGUUGGCCUGGGAAUUUGCUAUGACAUUCGAUUCUCUGAAAUGGCACAGCUUUAUGCAAAACAAGGAUGUAAAUUACUUCUGUAUCCAGGAGCUUUCAACAUGACAACUGGUCCCGCGCAUUGGGAACUGCUCGUGCGAAGCAGGGCUUUGAAUAAUCAGGUUUACUGCGCAGGAAUAUCCCCAGCUCGAGACACCAAUGCAAGUUAUGUCGCAUGGGGACACACAACUGUGGCAAACCCUUGGGGUAAGGUUAUUGCAGAGUGUGAACAUCAGGAAGCUGUGGUGUACUCUGACAUUGACCUGAAUUAUUUGGAAGAAGUACGCUUGCAAGUACCAAUCACUCUUCAAAGACGUCACGAUCUCUACUCAGUGGAAAAUACUCAAACUUCGUAAAUGAUACAAAAUAGACAUUCCAACUGCCAAUGCAGAUGAAGGGUCUAAAAUAAUUAAUCUCUUUUGUUUUUCUCGAAUAUGAAUGCAAGCAAGAUGAAUAUAGUAGAUGCACUUUGCAAAUUUUUAAGAAAAAUAGCUAAUAAGUAUAAAUAUAUAAAAAUCAGGCGCGUAGGAAGCAAAGGGCACCUUCAAAAAAGUUAUGUUUGAAAAUGUAGAAUUGGCGGUAUCUCCGUAUAGGUAAUCAUAAAUCCACAAUGAAACAUUUGGACACUCUUAGUGCAGCGGCAUUUUUACUGUAUUCAUUCAGAUGCCCCCAGUGGCACCCUCGAUUUCGGAUUUCUACGCUCCUGAUAAAUAAGUACAUAAUAAAUAUAAAUAUAAUUCACCGUUUUAGAAACGAAAUAUAUGUGUUUUUCGCCUA